AAUUAAAUUGAAUUUUUAAAGCACUUUUUAGCGCAAAAUUUUGAUGCCAAAAACCCUAGCUUGGGUCGCUUGACAGUGUGGUCGGGCCUGCCUGGAGCAUCAAUGAGUUAAAUUUACAUACCCCUAAGAGAUGUGGCUUAUAUACGUAAUAUCUUAAGAUUUUGAAUGAAUAUCGAAGUCUCUUAAAAGUCCUAGACAUUAAGUCCAUUGACGCGUGUAAACUCCCCAAAAUAGUUGAUCCAUAUGUUUACGGAGUACAACAUUGAAAUGAAUACAUUAGAGAUUGACACUUGUUGGAGACAAACAAUACAUAGAUAGUGGUGCUAACUAACAUCCAAUUAUAACAAACAUGUACGCUUUAUUUAUUAUAAAUACCACAGUUUUAAUUAUCACACUUCCUCACUCUUUGUCUCUUAGUCUCUUUCUGCUUUGGCUUCAAUUCUCUGCAUGAAUUAGUAGGAUUAGAUUAAACCAUUUGUAUUUCAGUAGAAUAAUGAGUUAUUAUUAUUCCAUAUUCUGUGUUGUUUUGUUUCUAUCCAUUGGAAUUUCUUUGGCUUCUUCAAUUGAAGAUCAAAAGAGAGAUAAGAUAAGUAGAUUACCAGGGCAACCAGAGAAUGUUGGAUUUGAACAGUAUUCAGGUUAUGUGACUGUGAAUGAACAGAAUGGAAGAGCACUGUUUUACUGGUUGACUGAAGCUCCGCUGAGCCGGGAGCCUAAUUCUAGGCCACUGGUUUUGUGGCUCAAUGGUGGUCCUGGUUGUUCUUCUAUUGCGUACGGUGCUUCUGAGGAAAUUGGCCCUUUUCAUAUUAAGUCUGAUGGCAAAUCACUUUACUUGAAUCCUUAUGCUUGGAACAAUUUGGCAAACAUUCUGUUCCUUGAGUCUACUGCUGGUGUUGGUUUUUCUUACUGUAAUAAAACAGAAGAUAUGCACACAUUUGGCGACCAGAAAACAGCGGAAGAUGCAUAUAUUUUUCUUGUUAAUUGGUUUGAAAGAUUUCCUCAAUAUAAGCAUAGAGAAUUCUACAUGGUCGGCGAAAGUUAUGCAGGUCAUUAUGUUCCUCAACUGGCUCAAAUUGUUAACCAGCGAAAUAAGGGAAUCGUUUAUCCAAUUAUAAAUUUUAAGGGAUUUAUGGUUGGAAAUGGUGUGACUGAUGAUUAUCAUGAUUACGUUGGUACAUUCGAGUACUGGUGGACACAUGGUUUGAUUUCAGAUUCCACGUAUAAGAUGCUAAGAACUGCCUGUGAUUUGGGGUCCUUGCAGCAUCCAUCAGCACAAUGUUUGCAUGCUCUUACAGUGGCACAAUCUGAGCAAGGAGAAAUUGAUGGAUAUAGCAUUAAUACACCACCUUGUAACGAAACAUCAUUAUCGCUUAGACGCGGCGUGAACGGUCGUUAUCCAUGGAUGUAUAAAGCAUAUGAUCCAUGUACUGAAAGGUAUUCGGAUGUGUAUUUCAAUCGUCCAGAAGUUCAGAAGGCCUUUCAUGCCAAUGUAACAGGAAUUUCCUAUGCAUGGAAGGCGUGCAGUCAUGUUCUUUGGAAUUAUUGGUCUGAUUCUCCAUUGUCCAUGCUUCCUAUAUAUCAAGAACUUAUUAACGACGGUCUCCGAAUAUGGGUAUACAGUGGAGACACUGAUGCUGUACUUCCACUCACUGCAACUCGAUAUUCUAUUGCUGCUUUGAAGCUACCAACCAUCAUCAAUUGGUACCCUUGGUAUGAUAAUGGCCGGGUUUGUGGAUGGAGCCAAGUUUAUAAAGGACUCACAUUCGUGACAGUAAGAGGCGCUGGACACGAGGUUCCUCUUCAUAAGCCGCACGAAGCGUUUAUUCUUUUUAGAUCAUUCUUGGAGAACAAGCAUAUGCCAUCAUCAAGUUAAACAGAUGCAUUUGUUCUUCUUCACUUCAAGUAUAGAACCGAAAAAAGUACCUUAGGUUCUUCAGAAUAACUUCAAUAUUCAUAUCAUAUAUACAGAACAGCAGGCUGAGACAGAAUAAGGAAUGCAUUCCUCAUGAGUUCCAUCUUGAAUCUCUGCCUGGAAAUUAAAGUUGAUAAGUGUACCAAUAGCAAUAAUUGCUAUUCUGUUUUUAUUU